AUGACAGGUCAUAAGCCGAAUCCCGCUCUUCCCAGCGAGGACACACACAUAUCUACACCAAAGGCCUCUUCCCUACAGUCCGAGAUCAUUAAUAUUGAGGAGGAGGAGGUGUUGGCAUCAGAGAGCGGUACAGGUUUUUCUGUUGUUGCUCGAUGGAUUGUCCCUACCCUUAUGAUAUCACUUGCUAUUAUUGGUACUGCUAACGCAAUCGCUGGUAAGAUAAGGUCUCAACCUUUGGGUGAAUAUUCUGGUUUGGUCACGUCUAUGAUCAGUCAAGUGACCUAUUGUUUGGUCUAUUGGGCUGUUCUUAUUAUACUCUAUGCUAUGGGUAAGAUCCCAUUAGAGCAGCUCAAGUGGACAUGGACUACCCCUCCUCGGGAUGAGUACUCUGCUAUGCGUGAGGAUCGUAUUAGUAUACCAUGGUACCAGCGUUGGCGUAUUGGGAUAGGGAUUUGGUGGGAAAGCCUGCCAGGUUUUCGCUAUACUUUCUUUGCGGCUAUCGCCGAUUGCCUUGGUGAGAUCUUUAUGUUCCUCACCCAGCCCUAUCUAUCAAUUGCCGUAUUCAAUAUGCUACAGCAAGGAAUGGUCCCUUUUACCCUCAUGUGGUCUUUGUUAUUCUUACGAGAUAGAUACACCUUCAUCGAGGUUGUUGCAGUUACCAUAGUUAUUGUCAUGGCUUUGGUAUCGGUUGUUACAUCCUCUACGAGUGAUGGUAACAACAGUAUCAGCAUGGCUAUCCUGUGCCUUGUAUCAACUGUUUUCCAGGCAUUGGGAUUUGUACUAAAAGAGUGCAUGUUCCGAGCCUAUACUCGUUAUGCCACACGUAGAGGUAAUAAAGAUGCGUAUCUUAACGUAUUUGUAGUGAGCAGCAGUAGUAAUAUUUUCGGUUGUGUCUGGACUUUUCCGCUCAACGUCAUCGUUGAGCUUAUUAGAACUCAGGGCUCCAAUAUACCCAUCAUGGACCACUUUGCCGAUGGUUUCGAAACUCUGGCCAAUGCCGAUGGUGCCUGGCAGGCUCUUGUUGUUUAUCUCUGUUUUAACCUACUUUAUAAUGUGAAUAUCUAUAUGCUCAUAUCUUAUGGUUCUAGUUUACUCACAUUCGUUUGCAACAAGAUAACCGUGCCAUUGGCAGCCAUUUUAUCGUUGAUAAGUUGGCCGAUUAUCGGCAGAAGUACCGUUACAUGGUUGGAAUGGGUCACUCUUGUUAUAAUACUCCUCGGUAUUGCACUAUUCCGUUAUGGUAACGUCAUACGCUCGAAACUCGACGUUGAGAAUGCACGUAUUGAUAAUCCUGUGCUGAAGUAUGUCAUUUGCCUAUUCCCAAUGUUCCGGCAUAGAAAGGAGGUCAAUGACGGCGAUUCUAUGAAGCAAUAUGAGAAGUCGCAUACUCAUGUGGUCGUCAAUUGGGAGUCUAUAGCUCAGCCGUGGCUACUUUUUUGGCCGAAGAGGUAUAUUCCUGUUGGUGAUGUCACCACGAAGAAUAGUUCCAAAUCGGCGAUUCCCUACUCGAUCUCGCAUGAUAGUGUAUAACCGACUUGUGAUACCAUGUAUAGCGAACGUACACCUUCAAUUCUUACGAACUGUACAGCUUAGUUCGGUUCUAUCCAGUAUAAUUCCAUUUAGUGGUGUUCUAGCACCCGAACCAACUUCAGUAUUGGCUUUAAGGACUAACUGUCCU